AUUAGGUAUAAAACUGAGCAAUUUUGUUACCAAAUUAUCACUUUCCAUUCAGAGAUACCAAUAUGAAGUUCUUUGCCAUCCUUUUCCUUCUGUGCGCUAUUGCAGGAUUUGCGUCCGCAUCCACCUUUGCGGAAUCUGAUUAUGAUGAAACUACUACUACCACUACCACCUCUGCUCCUACCACAGCAGCUCCUCCGGCUCAACCUCCAUGUGGAAGCGGACCUCAAGGACCCUGCGGACAAGUUCCUCCCCCACUGCCACCUUGUGCGGCCGGUGCUGGUGGCCCUUGCGCCAAGAAGCUUUACUUUUUCUACUAA